UUCAGGGGUUCUAGUUUCAUUCUUCUGCUAAGUCGCCCAUGAACCUAUCUGCCGAGGGGCUCUGGAAACUCUGAAUGCAUUCGAUCCGCGAUAAACUCAAUGUUUUGCAUCGCAUGCCAGUCUCUUCGUUAUUGGGCUGCUGCGGUUCUUUGUUCCAUCUUUGUUGGACCUUUUUCCAAAUGCGAAUUGGUUUUUACUUCGGAGAAGUGAAAUGCCUGGUGUCUGCGCUGUUUACCCAGUUUCAAGUGCAUUGGCGAGGCUUUCCUCCUUUCAACCCCAGUCACCCCAUCCGCCCACCUAUACCCACUUCACCGAGGUCACUUUGCCUGUCAAACAAACAAUUAUCAACCCAAGAAAUGGUGUUCGCGGACCAUAUGUGAGCAGACAGCCAUUUUCUGCUGCAAGCAUGUUGCAUUUUUCUAACCAUUUUUCUGUUUCUUUUUCUUCUUUCCAGUAUGGCAGGAGGAGCAUCUAAACUGCAUUUCUGUUCCCCGUCGAUUUCCCUUCCGUGCUCCUGUAAUUGCUGAUUGUUUUCACCACCAUGUCCCUGCAGGCUGUGUUCAAUCCCUUCAAGGUGUUUAGGGGCUGUUGACAUUCAUAACUGAUACUUUUUUUGCCGGUCAAUGCUUGUCUCGUCGAUUUUCUAUCUCACGUCGCGGUUGUCUCUGGCCCUUCUUCUGUCCUGCAUCCAUCCUGGUCAAUAUUACACCACCUUCCCGCUAGUAACAAGCUCACUCUGAUAUCUCCACUAACCACUCUGACGCUGUCCUGCCCUCCAUCGCUGCUGUUUUUGAUUGCCCAUUUUCUGUUUUUUAUUUUUCAUUUUUCCCCCGGAAUAUUUUUUCUAGAUUUAAUUUAAUUUAUUUUCACUGUAA